UGGAGAAAUUCGAAAAUAACACAAAUAUCGAGGAGGAUCAUUCAUUUGUGGCACGGGACAAACGCCGGAAGGAGGAGGAGGAGAGACGGAGAAGAGGUUCUUUUCUUGCUGAUGUUGUCGCCAUAUCGAUCGGGGUUCCUCCUUCAAGUUUGUGGUGCAUAUGGCACGUAUACAUCAGAAUGAGGCUGGCCCUUCAACAAAUAUAUUAAGCAGUUACGAGAAUGACACUAAGGAUGAUAGGACGAUUGCACUCAUUCUCUCAGAAGAAUAUGCCAACUUAGACAAUGCCAUUGCUAGACGCCUUUCCAAUUUGUCUUCAGUGCCUCACGUACCACGAGUAAAUUCAUUCUUCCCAAGCUUUAGUGAUGCCAGUCUAGAUCACCAACGACUUUUUCAGAGAUUAAAUGCUUAUGGCCUAUAUGAAGUUAAGGUCUCCGGGGAUGGCAAUUGUCAGUUUCGUGCACUCUCAGAUCAGCUAUACAGGUCUGCAGAAUAUCACAAGCAUGUUCGUAAAGAGAUAGUGAAGCAGCUUAAGGAGUUCCGCUCUUACUAUGAAGGAUAUGUACCCAUGAAGUACAAGCGUUAUUAUAAGAAAAUGGCCAAAUUCGGUGAAUGGGGAGAUCAUGUUACCUUACAAGCUGCAGCUGAUAAGUUUUCAAGCAAAAUAUGCCUUCUAACUUCAUUUAGAGAUACGUCUUUUAUUGAGAUCAUGCCACAAAAUCAGGCACCUCAAAGAGAGCUAUGGCUGAGUUUCUGGUCCGAGGUGCACUAUAAUUCCAUCUACGAACUACGAGAUCUUCGUAUGCAACCCAAGCCUAGAAAGAAGUAUUGGCUAUUCUAAUGUCUUCUUAUAUGUUGGGAAUGACACAGAACCAUUUGGAUGGCUAUGUACAUUAAAAAAAACAUCACUGAUUUUGAUUUUUCAUAUAAUUUGCUUCUCGUUUUAUUACUUAUGCACAGAUUUUUACUUGUACUAUGACACUGGUACUAUUAAUGCCAUUCUUUGUAUUCUUUAUAACUAUCGACAUUUAUUUUGUAUCUGUUAGCAAAACUAGCCCCACAAUAUCCGAGCUUCCAUAAUUUUGUUCAAGACUCUUUCACUCAGGUCAGCCAUUUUUGAGCAUCUGUUGUACGUAUCUCGUGAAUCACACACUGGAUUACGAGCUAUAAAUGCUUUAUUUUUUUAUCUAAUUUUUUUAACUGAUUAAUUUUGCAGACGACAUCCCAUCAUCAUAAUUAAAAUGAAAUCAUGAAUAUUUAGGAGACCGCGUGAUCUGAGGGCGCUAUAAAUGCUUAAAUGAAGAUUACGCUGUAUGCUCAUGUUCACAAAUAGUGUGAUAGCACAGCUUGCACCUCGAUUAAUAAAAAUAUAUAAAAAAAAAGUUUUCGCAGUCAAAAAAAAAUAUUUCUAUAUAAACAAUGUGGUGUAUCAGCAAACGCGGAUCCAAGAUGCAUCAGCCAACACGGAUCGGUUUAUUCCUACCGGGUUUCGGGCAUUAGCCCGAUGAUCGUGUUGCCACUUUCGUCAUUUUCAUUGGCGUUCAGGGCUAAUUUAGUAAUUAGGUUGUCGUCGUAGUCAGCCAUUUAUAUGCGCUUCUUCGCCCUAUCUCUUCCCUUCGAAUCAAGUUGCGGCGUCAGCGGCCUCCUCUCUGCUCAAUCGCAGGCUGCAUCGCAAAGAUGGAUGUGGAGAAGCUUAGGAGGAUGGCUGGUGUCGUUCGCACCGGCGGAAAAGGAAGUGUACGGAG